GUGAUGCGGGAGGGCGGCUUCUGUGCCGGUGGCGGCGACAGCAGCAGGGGAGGGGGAAGCAAACAGCUGGCGGAAGAGCGAGGAGCGGGUCUCAGCUCCAGGCAGUAGCAGCGGCCGCCGCUUCCCCCUUUCUCUCCAUCUCCCCGCUGCUGGAGCAGAGCCGCUCGCUCUCCCCCCUCGCCGCCGCCGCUCCAGGGGCUCCGGGGCUGAGCGCAGCGCCCUGCGGGAGGAGCGGGCUGCAGCCGGGCAGCGCGAGCCAGGCGGGAGCGGGGAGCAGCCCGGCUGCUGCUGCUGCCUGGAUGCCAGAGGCUCCCCGGGAGCCGGCGGCCAGAGGCACCCCGGAAGAGCCGGAGGAGGAGGAGGAGGACGAGGCCCCCGGACUGCGAGCGGAGGAAGCAGGCACCGUUGGCCAUGGCCUCCAACUUUAACGAUAUCGUCAAGCAGGGCUACGUGAAAAUCCGCAGCAGGAAGCUGGGGAUUUUCAGGCGAUGCUGGUUGGUUUUCAAGAAGGCUUCUAGUAAAGGACCCAGAAGGCUAGAAAAAUUUCCAGAUGAAAAAGCGGCGUAUUUCAGAAAUUUUCAUAAGGUAACUGAGCUUCACAACAUCAAAAACAUAACCAGACUGCCUAGAGAGACAAAGAAGCAUGCAGUGGCAAUUAUUUUUCAUGAUGAGACAUCAAAGACAUUUGCCUGUGAGUCAGAACUGGAGGCAGAGGAGUGGUGCAAACAUCUUUGCAUAGAGUGUCUAGGAACCAGGCUAAAUGAUAUAAGCCUUGGGGAGCCAGAUUUACUUGCUGCUGGAGUCCAGAGAGAACAAAAUGAGCGAUUCAACGUAUAUCUUAUGCCUACACCAAAUUUAGAUAUCUAUGGGGAAUGUACAAUGCAGAUCACCCAUGAAAACAUCUAUCUCUGGGAUAUCCAUAAUGCCAAGGUCAAGCUGGUCAUGUGGCCUCUGAGUUCUUUGAGGAGAUAUGGGCGUGACUCAACAUGGUUCACAUUUGAGUCUGGAAGGAUGUGUGACACAGGAGAAGGACUGUUCACCUUUCAGACGAGGGAAGGAGAGAUGAUCUAUCAGAAAGUCCAUUCUGCAACACUGGCGAUAGCUGAACAACAUGAAAGACUAAUGAUGGAGAUGGAGCAAAAGGCACGGCUCCAGACCAGUCUGAGUGAACCAAUGACAUUAUCCAAGUCAAUCUCACUUCCCCGCAGCGCAUACUGGCAUCACAUCACCCGACAGAACAGCGUUGGAGAAAUCUACAGUUUACAAGGAUGUCUAAUGGGAGAGUCGUCAGAUUUCCUGGUUUCUUGGUCACGGACUGAUGAUAUCAAACCAGGGAUGCAGGUCACAGUCUCAGUUCAGCAAAGGUGUCUCGUGCACAGACGUUUCCCAGCUGCACCUCAGAGCCGGGCGAGGAGCACCAGCAGUCCCUGUCGCUGUCUAGCAGCUAUGGAUUCAGCUACAGUUCAGCCCUCAUCCAAUGAUACACACACAACAGAUGACCAGAGAGACAAUCGAGCCUGGAACCUGCCAGCAGGGUCAGGAAGCCACUUGCACCCUCAGAAUCCAUGAAAGACAAAUUAUAAUGAAAACUGAGGCCUACCAGCUCCAAUCUGGUCACAGUGAAGAUUAAAAACUGCAGUGCAACUUCCCUGAGGCACAGGCUAAGUCUUUUAUUUAUUUAAUUUUUAUUUUCUUUGGUCCAUAUGUAAAAACAACCAGAUAGAUUUUCAGGUGUAAGAAAGCAAUUGAAUCCAAUGAAACCCUGUUGGUGUGAAGCAGAGGUUUCUGCUUCAUGGGACACCACCUGUUCUGGGGUGGAAACAUGAUGACACACUCAACGUUAGACUUGUCACCCAACACUAUGGUCAAGUUUUGCCCAUCUCCAUUCCUACCUUUUUUAUAUCCAAGUGACUGCCCAUUGAUUCCAGUUGGUACUGGAAAAGUGUUAUCCAUUAAACAGUAUAGUGACUGUAGAUGUUAUCCUUAGAAAUAAGCAAAGCUGCAGUUACAAAAAGGAAUGAACACCUUUUUUAAUCAGGCUCCCAUAGCUACCAUGUUUAAUUAAACAUAUAUAUUGGGAGUAGCAAGAUAAUGGUUAGUAACAUCUUGGGAAAUAGAAUUUGGUGCAUUAAAAGUAAUAUUACUACCUAGUAUAGCUCUCAUUUUAAAAGCCUCCGGCCAAUUUCUGCCUAUGAAUGCCAAUCAGAGCUGUACAUAAAUAUCUAAAGGGCAGAAUCCGGCUCUUAGAACUGUGAAGUCUUCACAUCUGCAAAAUAUCUAAACAGGACUGUCUACUGUUAUGACAAGUAUAUAUUUAAAAAAAAAAGAGAGGAAACUGUUCUUCAAACAAAGGAUUCCGGGCUGAAUUCUUGAAAGGCAAUCUCCUAUUCUACCUUAUGAGCUAGAUUCUCUGCUAGUGUCUAGCAGCCUAGCUCUAUUCUUGCGCUUCUAGUCAUUGUUACUUUGAUUUUUUUCAGUUUCUUUCCCAGAUUUCUGUUUUAGCCACAUAGUGUGUUGUGUAUGAUUGUGGAGCAGUUAACCACUUAACUUGGAAAGACAUGGAACAAUUCUAAACUCGGCCUUUCCGUGCUUGAAAGGCAUUUAAAAAAAAAUGCUGCUAAGUUUGUUUAGAAUCAUUAAGGGAUAAUGUGGAAGGCACAAAUGUAGGUCUGGAGAAUGAGUUUGAGCUGUCCUGAAUAUUUAAUUUUUCAAAAGGGUCAUCAAUUAUUUAUGUGAUGCUCUGAAAUGCUGGAAAUUGGGGAAACAAAAAUCUGCUUGCUGUGUAUUGUGUGAGCCAACCGUACAGUCCAUUCUCUUUAUGGAUUGUUUGCCGCGAUUACCAGAGGAAUUCUUGUCGUUAGUUGUCAGGACUGGCAGAAGAAGCAUAACAAGAAAAAGAGCAGUUGAUUCUUUUUCCAAUUACAUGAACAGUUUUAUCUAUGGUAAUUUAACUGAAAAAAUGUGUGUUUUUUUUUAUAAAAAGGUACAAAAGAAAUGUCUGCUUUGACUAAAUAUGUAUUGAUACAGUAUGUUUGACUUUUCUCCAAACAUUCUACAGGCUAACAGAUUGCAAGCUUAUACACCUCAGUGAACAGCUGCUGAAUGAAAAGGUUUGUGAUUUGUUUGUUACAGAGUGCAGCUGAUUCAUUUAAUCAAGGUUAUUCUUUUCUUUCUUUGCCUUUCUCUUCCCAGUCCUUAUUGGGGUCCCUCCCCCCACCACAUUCACAAAUAGAACAGCCCCUUGUAUAGUAUAUUCCGACGGGCUAACACCACAAUGGAAAUACGCUAUCCCACAUUGUCAGCAAAUUGCACCCAGGAUACUGCACCCAUCAAUAAAGCUUCAUCUACACUUUUCAUUUUUUUUUUUUUUAAAUCAGGUUGAUAGUUUGCUUGUGGGAAAAUAUUUCCGUUUGUAAAAGUUACAUGCGAAUUUUGAUACAAGGGGCCAGAUCCUCAGCUGGUAUAAUUUGAUGUAAAUCCAUUGUUCAAAGGAGCUAUGCCAGAUUUACAUCACUUGACGAUCUGGCCUAAUAUGUUUACUUCUUUGUAACUGCAAAUGCUGCAGCUUUCCCACAAUGAGAGAGAAAAUGUGUGUGUUUAAUUUCCUUCAUAUUCCUUGGUCUAAAUGCUCUCAUGUGUUUUGUGACCUCAGAUUCAGAUUCUCAUUCAUUGUGUCCCUCAGUGAUGCCAAUGGUGGUCACUUCAUAUUUAUACAUACUUCAUGGUCCAAAAACCAGGGAACUGGCAGGGUGAAAAGUGAAAAUGGAAGCAUUGGAAUUGCCAUCCCGACCAUAUGUCCAUGUAUUUCAGAAUCCAACCUCUGAGGGUGGCCAGCAGCAGUUGCUUCUGAUUAUAGCGCAUAAUGGAGAUUUUAUGCUUUUGUGUUGUAUGGAUGAUAUUACUGUCUGACCCCAGCUGGUGACCACCUCAUAUGGUGAUGUAUGAUUGCUGAUAAUCUGUGUUAUUUUAGUCUAGCCCUUGUAAUUGCAGAAACUAUCUGCUGCCCCCUGCAAAAAAAAAAUAGCCACUUAUAGGAAUCUUAGUAACUGCCUUUUUCUCCAUAACUUGGAGCGGCAAUAAUUUCCAAACCACUCGUACUUUUAUCAGCUUUUGAACUACUCCUUGCACCUUCAGGUACAAAGCUAAAAGAAAAGAAAAAGGAGGGAAAGUAGGUCCAAAAUUAAGUUAAAUUAUACCUGUAGGAAACCUGAUUUCUCAAACAGUGAACUAACUCUUAAAGAAGUAGAGACAGACUCUUAGAGACAGACACAGCAGCACUUGCAGCCUUCUAUAAAGACUCAAAGAAAAAUGGACACCACAAACACAGAGAUUUUCCGAAGCAGAUGAGUGGACCGCACCAUUUGCUUUAUGUGUCACCCCAGACUGCAGGUGAUACUGCUGAAGACGUUUGGGUUUGUCAUUCCCCAGAAGAGUGUUACACUUCCUACAAGAACUGGUAAUGGCUAGUGCUAGCUCAUAGCCAUAUCACAAACACUGCCUUCAUAGAAUUAUGGUAACUCAUGGCAUAUGCCUGCUCUAUGAUAUGAGUGGCUUCUCACUGAAACAAGCUUUAUACACCUCCUAAUGGGGUUCUGCCAGAAGGAGCCACCUUUUUGGCACACAGCUGAGUUGCAGUCUAGAGACCACCAGGGUCCAUAAGGAGCCUUGGGACACAAAGAAUCCUUUUCAAGUCUCAGCUUCAUUCCUGUGCAACAUACACAGAUAAGAAGUCCACUCCUGAAGCAUGAAAAAUGAACUCUGAUUUCAGCUCCUGGGCUGUGUAGAGCAAGAGGGCAACAAAAUGACUUCUGGUAAUAUGAAUAGAUCUAAUUAGCUUUGAUUUACACUUUGAAAAGGACCUUUCAAAUGUAAAUACCCAGGGUGGAGGUUAGUCAUUAUAUACAAACGAGGCACUGCAUAGUUGCACCUAACUAGAAUGUUAGCAUGUGAGAUGUUCUAGUAGGUUGUCACAUGCUGAUGUUUCCAAGCUAUAGAAUUCACUUAGGGCAGAUAAGAGGAAAUGGAGUGGAGACCAGUGAUAAUUAAUGAAAUAUGCUUCUAAAGUAGUGUCAUUUCCUCAGGGUUGUCAGUGCCCACCCAGUUUUUAAGUAGAUAAAUUAUGACAGUUUUUGCUUUAAUUCGGCUCAGAGUACACUAUUAUAGAUCAAUUUUGCCUGCCUGCUUUCAAAGAAAUACCUUGAAAGCUGGAGCUUAGAGUCUUGCUUGUAGAAAAAUUGUAUAAAUAUUUGGACUUUGCUUUUGUCUUUUUCGUUAUGAUCCUAGUUCUCCAGCUACACACUGUCCUUCUAAAAUUAUGGCCUUGAGUUGGUGGAGGUAGAGCAAUAGGAAAAAGUUUAUGAAUCUGUUGGUAAAGUAAAUGCAGGCAUCAAAUUUGUUAGGAAAGCUGUUCUGUUUCAUUCUAGCAAAGGUCUAACGCAGGGGUAGGCAACUUAUGGCACGUGUGCCAAAGGCA